UAAGCCGAUCAGGUCACCAAAGCUGGAGGAACGACGCCAGACUACACGAGAUGAUGCUGAACUCCAAAAAGUAAUCACAUUCAUCAGAAAAGGGUGGCCUCGUUAUAUGUCAGAGGGCUCACUAAUGCAUGGAUACUAUGCAGCCAGAAGCCACCUAUUGGAGUUGGAUGGGCUGGUCCUUUAUCACGACCGUAUUGUAGUUCCAACAGCACUCCGAGCUGGUGUUUUGGACCAACUACAUGAAGGCCACCAGGGCCUCACCAAGUGUCGUGAGCGUGCAAAGUUGACGGUGUGGUGGCCGAAGAUUGGUGCCCAGAUCACAAACAAAGUGAAGUUCUGUGACUUUUGCAGAGAGCACAAACCUACACAGAGACACAAACCACUGAUGACAACUUCCCUGCCCGGUUGUCCAUGGCAGAGAAUUGGAGUUGACCUGUUUGUGCUUGAGGGUAAGACGUAUCUCGUUGCUGUUGAGUACUUUUCCAGAGACAUUGAAAUUGCUUCCCUCACCACCGCUUCCAGCACCCAGGUUAUCAACAAGCUCAAACACAUGUUUGUGAGAUGGGGCAUCCCGCUAAAACUCGUCAGCGACAAUGGGACACAGUUUACAUCUGCAGAGUUCCAGGAAUUCAAGCAGAGAUAUGGGUUCACUCACACAACCUCAAGCCCCCAUUACCCGCAAUCUAACGGAGCUGCAGAAAGGGCUGUUCAGACUGCAAAGUACAACCUUAAACAACCUGACCCCUGUUUAGCUCUUAUGAGUUACCGCUCCACACCAGUGGCGGCAACAGGUUGUAGUCCAGCGCAGCUUAUGACUGGCCGACAGAUCCGCACCACUGUUCCUGUCCUGGAGAAGACAUUGAUGCCAAGUGCAGUCAACCCAGACCUGGUUCACAUGAAAGAUGCCAAGGCUAAAGAUUCUUACAGAUUCUUCUACAACCGCAGAUAUUCGGCUCGCCCUCUUCCCGACCUUCUCCCUGGUCAAAAUGUGAGAGUGAAACUUGAUGGGGAAAAUGGGUGGACAACACCUGCCAAAGUCAUCAACAAGUCCAAGGAGCCGAGAUCCUACUUUGUAUAAAUGGCCAACGGGACUGUGACCCGUCGCAACAGACGUCACCUUCAGGAGGCCCUUGGGACGGAUAUUCCUGUGGCACAACGUUUGGCUGACUCUGCGGCACCACAGCAGGACUGCAGAUCCCCAGCUACAGAGGUGGCCAUACCAUCUGAACAACCAUCAAAUCAGCCAGCGGCGAGUCCUCCCACAAAAUCCUCCUUCCCACCAACUACUCCUGUGAGAACAACUUCCAGAGGACGUGAAAUAAAGCUGCCUCUGAGAUUCAGAGACUAUAAGUGUUAAAAGGGCAGAAUAAUCCCUAUCAGGACUGAGGGCAGUCUACCCCCAUGAUGUCCUGUAUUGUUCUGUGUCGAAUUUGUUGAAACUGA